AUGGAAGAUGUCAGGACUGUGCCUUGCUACGUGUUCGACUCUGACGGCAAGAAGCACGACCUGAACCCUCUGAUCAAAGUGAACGAUGGAUAUCUGGUGGACGACGGUGACGACACCAUCGACUUCUACAUCAACAUCUGCCGGAGCCUCAUUCCUCCCUCCAAGCCGUACCUUAUGGUGGACAUGGCAACCCCCUGGGUGGCAGGGUCCAAGUACACGGUCACCUGUAUCGCCCCUGACGCAAAACCCAUGGCUGAUAUCACACUCUAUAAAGAUGGAGUGGAGCUGACAGGUGCACAGUCUUUCACCACGUCUGGCUCAAAGGAUAAGCUCCUGAACACGCAUGCCGAAGUAACGGUCACUGCUGUGAGCUCUGACAACGGGAGGCAGCUGGCAUGUCAUGCACAGAACCCCGCCCUCUUCCGGCCUGUGGAGACCACAAUGACCAUGAAGGUGCACUACCCACCUCAGCCUCCAGUUAUUUUGGGUCUAGAGAGAGAGGAAGUCAAAGAGGGAAGAACGCUCGUGUUGGAGUGUGUGUCUCAUGGUGGAAACCCCCUAGCCACUCUCCAAUGGACCAAGAAUGAAGAAGUUCUCUCAACAACGUGGGAAGAGGACGUUGUGGCGCGGAAGUCCAGCAGUAUCCUCUUCAUGAAAAUCCAUCCAACAGACAACCAGGCAGUGUUGUGCUGUGAAAGCGUCAAUAUGGUGUCUUCGUCACCUCUUUCUGUUAGCCACAAAAUCACUGUGCUCUUUGAGCCUGCAGAGGUGACACUUUUGGGGUCGUUCACGGCCAUCGAGGGGCAGGACAUAAAUAUGGGCUGCUACGCCACCUCCAGUAAUCCACCUGUCGAGAUCCGCUGGUGGCUGGGCUACAAGGAGCUCAACACAUCCGGAGAAGCUAUGGAAGAGGGAGACAAUGGUGGGAUGACAGCCAUGUCUAACAUGACCCACAGGGUCUCCCGGGAGGACGACGGACUGAAACUCACCUGUGAGGCUUUCAACAAGGGGACACACUUCUCCAAGACCCAGUUCGACAUACUCAAUGUCUACUAUCCCCCUCAAAAUGUAUGGCUCGAUACCCCCCCUCCAGAUGUCCCUCUUCGUUCAGGCACCACGGUCCGUCUCGUCUGCUUCUCCACUGGAGGCAAUCCCACUGCGACUCUGACUUGGUUCAAGAAUGGAAGGGCAGUCCACGAUGCAGUGAGGCAGACGUCCUUUGAGCGGGGUGUGGCUCGAGAACUGAUCCUGGUUCUGACGCCAAGUGACAACAUAGCCACCUUCCGCUGUGAUGCCACAAAUAAAGCAGAGAAGACCAUUUCUGCCCAGACUAAGCUCAAGGUUCACUUCCUGGCAGUAAGUGUGAAGAUCUCAACCAAACAGGAGGUGCAACGUCAGGGACAGAUGCUAACUCUGGAGUGCCAGUCUGGAAGCAGCAACCCCCAGCCCAUCAUCCGCUGGAGUUUGGACACAGUCAGGUUACAGGGAGUUGAGCAGCCCCCCAGGAGGGCUCAUUUUGGUGGUGUGUCAGUGCAGAGUUCCCUAUCCCUAAAUCUGAGUUCACUGCAUCACAACAAGCGUGUCAUCUGCCAGGCCUACACUCCGGAGCUAGCUGAGGGGGCUAACACAUUCUUUAAACUAAAUGUGCAUUACCCACCAGAAUUCAGCCCUAAGCAGCCGGCGCAGAUUCAGGUGUUGGAGGAUGACAUGGCAGUCAUCCCAUUGCUGCUCUCAGCUAACCCGGAGGAGGUCUCCUGCAUUUGGCUGCACCGCAGGGAGACGCUGGUCAAAGAGGGGAGUCUGCACUUCCACUGGUCAGACGACAACUCCCUGGAGAUCAAGAACGUGACAAGGAAACAUGCUGGAGUUUACACGGUCAAGUGUACAAACGAGGAGGGCGUCAACCAAGCUUCCAUCAUGCUGGAUGUUCUGUAUGCUCCCAGUGUCAAGGCAGAGAAAGACCCUGUGUUAGUGAACCUGGGGGAAACAGCAGACCUAAUAUGUGUUGCAGAUGCCAACCCCAUUAUAUCUGGCAUGUUCACUUGGAAAUGGCUGGGAGAAGGGGAGGUGGAGAUGGGAGAGGAGAACCAGCAAGACGAAUCUGGCCUUCUGACCUUCCAUGAUGUGACUCGUGCUCAUGCUGGUCUUUACCAGUGCUCAGCCAAUAACGACAUAGCACCCCCCGUCACUGUAGAAGUGCAGCUGGUAGUUCAAUUCAAACCUAAUCUUCAGAAAGGAGCCCAAUGGACGAAGGUAGCAAGUAGAGGCGAUGGCACCACAACGGCUGAGGUAGUGUGUCAGGCCGAAGGGAUUCCUCGCGUCGACUUCACUUGGGAAAAAAAAGGUGUUCGCAUGGACUUUGCCAACCCGAGGUAUGAGGAGCGGACCUUGAGGGAGGGCUCCUUUCACACCAGCACGGUUAGAGUUGUAAAUGUGAGCACGAAUCUGGACUACGCUGUCUUCAGCUGCACGGCUCGCAACCUGCUCGGGGAAGACACGCUCCACAUCCAGCUCGUCAGCACAAAUCACCCAGAUCCUCCUUCAUCGUUUGGCCAAGUCGACGUCUCCCACGACUCGGUCACUCUUGAUUGGAUCCCCAGCUUCAACGGUGGUCUGCGGCAAAGGUUUCGUGUAAGAUACCGUUGGGAUCAGUCAGACAGUUUUCUGUAUGUUGAUGUCUUUCCUCCCGGAGCUACAACCUUCACGGUCACCGGCCUGCAGCCUGUCACCACCUACAACUUCUCUGUCAAUGCCCUCAAUGCAAUGGGAGAGAGUGCCUAUGCUGACAAUAAUGCAGUACUGACCAUCACCACCAAGGAGAGGCCAGAAGGAGUCCCAACAGAUGAUGACUCAGUCUCACAGAGUGCAAGCGGCCUGCCCGCCUACUUGACAGUAGUGUUCACCGUGGUGUUUGGAGUCCUGCUGGUGUUUAAUUCAGUGGGUUGCUUCUUUGGUUUGAGGUGGAAAAGGAGGCGAGGCCAGACAGGGGGUAGAGGAGGCAGUGUGCUUGAUGGAAAGAAGAAUAAAGAGGAGGGGGGUAGUCAUUCAACUGUAAGCACCGCCAAUAAGUAUGAGAGCAGAGAGAAGAUCAACACGGCAGCCCAGCGCACCCUGCUCAUCGACUCCGGAUCUGAAACAGACAGCCACGUCUACGAGAGCUACGCAGCGGGAAGUUCCCAUUAUUAUUACCCCAGCGGUGACUACAUGCUGCCUCUGAACCCUCACCCUGAGGAAACACGCAGGCACGAUGUCACCCGCCUCCCUGUGGACCCUCACAGCCAUCUGUAUGAAGACGUAAGAGACAGGGGUCUGUACCAGGACAUCCUGGCUUCCACACUUCCUUCCCCUCCACCCUUGUUCGACCACAGAUUGCCUCAUCAGAGGAAUGAGUCGAGAUCAAAAGCAUACCCUCAGGCUGCUGAAAGAGCGAGGGAUGUUCGACAACCGCCGAGAGAUUCUCAUCUUCCCUUUGAACAACGAGGCGAAUUAGUCUAGAGUGGGAAGGUCAGAGCAAACAAAUACACUACGACAGGGCUCAACACAAGUCAUUGAGUACUGUUUUGUAUCGAAAAUACUGAAUGCUAAACGUUCUGAAUCAUCUCUCCCUAGUCUUAUAGAAUGUAGCUGUCACAUGAGUCAAGUCGAGCUCAAUGUGAUAUGCAACAUAAUACCGAAUUUCCCUUUUACGUCUUUUUGUAUACUUUGCUAACCUUGAGCGCUUUCGUCAGAUCGGGUGGACCAACAGUACUGUAUGUUAAACUGAAGGAGCUUGAAAAGCAAAAACGAAUGGCAGAAUGAUGAAAUAUAUGAUGUGUAUGAUAUUACCACACGCAACAUGAAUGGUUCUUUUCAAACACUUUUACAACAGACCGGCCGCUAGUUUAUAUCCGUCUCCCUCUGUGAUAUCACUCGUCCCAUGACCUCGCUUUGUUAUUUUGUCUUUAGAGCCAAGUCACGGUUACUACUCACAAUCCCCCCCCCGCCCCCAUCCUCCCAUUAGGCCUGCAGGUAGACAUGAAUCAGUCAGUUAGAGACAAAAAUGGACUGACAUCGCUGUAGUUGGCAACGGGGCAGAAGCAGCGCAGAGUCACAGUGCCACCCAAGCAGACAACAUCCUUUUUGACCCGUCCAAUGUCAACAUUUUGAAACAUGUACAGAUGAAACCCGGAGACUGUGGCCUUUCCCUUCCCUCUCUGAUACAAAGAGUUUCCCAGUAAGUCCGUGAAAUCCCGACAAUGGGAUCGCACUGAGUGGUAUUUAGCAUGGUUAUGUCUUCAGUAAGGUAAAGCCAUAUCUUGGGCCAGACUCUAAUCCUGUUUUCUCUCGGAUUGAAGUUUAGCUCACAGCAUCAGUGAGAGCGGGUGAGAGACCGUGUCAGGAAUUUGUCUCACUGAGAGUGGUCACUCACAGAGAGAUGGAUUCAGGAAGAGAGGGAUAAGCUGAUGCUGUGGCUACUGCUUCAAAAAUAAUCCCUGGCCUCUUCCUUUGGUUUCCAUUAUUGUUCAAAUUGUAGUUCAAAGAAAAUAAAUUCACUGCAUAGAGCUAACCACUCCCAAUAAAAUAAUUAUAUUUAUUUAUAGGACUCUUUGCAAACCCAAAGUUGCUUUACACGAGAUAUCAAAUUAAAAUCAACAAAUGAUAUACUCCAAUAUAAAAUAUAAUAAAAAUUGAGUAGAUAUGUGAUGGUUCUCUAAUAAAUCGGAAUAAGAUGGCACAACUGGCUUAUGUUUUAUCAGAGCGCAAAAACAUAUAAAUGUAAACAUGUAGCAUUUUUUCUUUUCUACAAGAGGCUUGCGUCAGCUCGAGGUGUACACAUGAAUGGUAUCCUCCUCGGCUGAGUUGCUACAUUAGUUGGCUGAGUAGAUGCAUGUUUCCUGCAUGAAACUGUUAACAAUAAGGUCUGUAGAUCUUCUUCUUGAGUAACUAUAUCAAGAUUUCCAGAAAUAAUCUGUUGAGCUUUUCAGAUGUAUUCUUUUGGUACUUUGGGCAUCACAAGCAGAGAGCUAGCUAGUUACAUUAUAUUCAAUAGAGUGCUGACAUCUGUACAGACAAUAUCUCAAACACUGAGCACCUCAAGCCAACAUAUCUUAGAUUAAAACAGCACCACAGGUAAGAUACAUAGUUAGCAAUUGUAUGUGAAUUGUUCUUUUAAGCUCAACAUUGCUUAAAGCUUAAUGCUAAUAUCAGUGUGCUAAUAUGAUAACAAUGACAAUUGAUGUUUAACAGGAGUAAGGUUUAUCUGCCACACCACCUUAGUUUAGCCUGUCAGGAAGCUAACAUUCGCGAGUUAGCACUGAAGCACAGCAAGUGCUGACGGAGAUGUCAUUAUCUUUCAUAAACCAAAGUAGUGGGAUAAUUAAAAUGUUAACCUGUUAAUGGAGAUAGUUCAAACGUCAGGGGAUGAUUCAUCCUGAGAGGAAUAUGACUGUUUAGACAAACUUUCAUUGCAACCCAUCAAAUAGCUGUUGAGAUAUUUCAGUCUGGAUCAAAGCUAGUGUGGUUUAACAAAUCCAAAGCUUGGUACUGACUCAGCCAUCCUAUCUUCAAGCAGGUCUUUAAAGAAAAAAAGAAAAAAUCAGACAGAUAUAUAUUUUUGAUUAAUAACGUUUAAAGCUACAGUCGAAUACUAUCACUGACACGCAGCCUAAAAACCUAAAGAACACAACAGAGACCAUAUGGCCCUUUGUUAUACAACAACAAGGUUCAAGGGCUCUGUGUGUUUGUCUACUGUUAUGCAGAGAUCAGAGACACUUGCUCAAAGUUUCCAUAGCUCUUUAAGCUGCUGCCUUGUACAAUACACAAAUAGGGGAAGAGCUUUUCCUAUAUCUGUGUACACAAUGGUUAUGCAUGCAUCCUGGUUCUGCUUCCAGCUAAUGCUAUUCCCUCAUGCACGUUUCACGAGUCUCAUGAGAACACACACAUAACACAGCACAGAUGACACUAUUAGAUGAGACUCACAGUUUAUAAAAAGUGUUUAUCUUAAUUUAUCGGUCGUCAGUAGAAGUGUGCAUUUUUUCCUUUACUAUUUUGUUGAAGAUGACGUGGUCCGCUUUAUACCUUCUUUUUUUUUUUAGCUGAACCAAGUUUCACAAUAGUGUAAUACACAUCUGAAAUAUGUAUACUUUAUAUUUAAAUUCUGAUGAUGUUGUUGUUAUCCACACAUUUGCACAACCUACACCAUUCUGUUUCCUCAAAGGCUUGACUGCCUGGAGAUAAAUCGCAAUAUUUCAUAUGAAUGUGUUCCUUCAAUUAGUCUCCCUAUUCUCCAUCAUGAGCUGUCAAGGUGUGUUUGUCUCAUUACUGAGCCAUUGUUUAAGUUCCUGUCAAGAUGACUGCUGUGUUCAUUCCUCAGCAUGUUCAUGAUGCAUCCUUUCUGCUCAGGCACAAACGCUAAUCUGCUCAAGUGAAGGCUUGACAGCUCAAUACUGUACCUCAACCUCUGUUUUUCCUCAUGAACGUUUUGAUAUGAUGCGUUCAGAAGAAUCUCGGGGGAGAUGGAACACUCAUUCUGCACGAGUGAACAUUUAGGUCAAAAGAGAAACAAAAAUGAGACUCUAAUUAUCUCAGCCCUAGGAGAGUCUUCACAUUUCCCCCCUCUCAUGAAUAUUUUUCUUUCUGAAAAACAAAUAUGAGAUUGAAUAACACUCAUUUAUGACUUUAACAGGUUGUGCUACCAGUGGGGAGUUAACUCAAAUUUAACUCAAAUUGCUGCGAACCCUGUCAUUGCUGUCAUUAUUCCGAUUUUUUCAAUUUCAAAUAGUUAGAAAUCAAAUCAAAAGCAACCACAGGUUUUACAAAUUAGAACAUGAUUGUAGCGGCUGUUAUUAUGUUUCACUUGUGCCUGUGAUCUCCUGUUGUCAGUUGGGAUGUAAUUGGCCUGCCAAUGGAUAAAAGAAUACAACUGAACAAAUAUAACAGGCGUCCAUUAAGGGAAACUAGGGAGUGAAAACACAAUAGAUUGUUCAUUUUAAUAAGGUCAGAUCUGAACGCAUAUUGAAACUAAAAGAACAUCACCGUCUUGUCCAUAGUGUAUCAGGCUACAUGGAGACACAAGGGUCAAAAUAAGUGGCUACAGAGCCGAGAGAGACUGCACGUAAAACAACAAGAAGUUGAGUCUGGGAUUUUAAUCAUUAUUAAAGCCCUGCGCACUUACACUGCAUAUUUGUCUCUAUCUGAAAUAGUGCAGAAUUAAUUAAGCAAAAUUCAAAUCCAGACAAGCAGUACUCUCCUGGUAUUUCCCCCCAAAGGUAUACAGUUUAUUCAACAAAAGAAAAAUAACUUUCUCUUUCAAGUCUCAGUCGAACCAGGGUGUAUUUUUUAUUUUUCACUUGUAAGCACAUUUAAAUCCAAACGUCCCUCUCUGCAUAUUACUCAUUUAAAUACACACUUACUCCCACUCCAACACUACGAUAAAAUGAUGACUAAAGGACAAAGAAAUGAAUAACAAGCUGUUACUAUUAACUCAGAGUAUAAUAUGACACUCAGUUAAAAUACAGUUUUUUUGCAUUCAUACAUCACUUUCUGAAAUGUAGUUUUAAAGGUUUAUCCACACCUGAUUAAAACCUACAUCCAUGCAUAAAAUAAAUAUGUUCUGACCAGGAUUAAUAUAAAGCAGAGUUAAUGCCUGCAAUCAACAAAAAUCCUCUGCUACAGAAACGAAUAAAAAAAUUGUAAAAUGAAUAGCAAAAUGUGAAAUAGUCUCUGUGUGUCAAUCAGAUGAAUAGUUGUUAUUAAAAUGUCUCAGCAACCUUUCAUUGGACCAACUUUACUCUUAUAAAGUGGAAUACAUACACACUUCCCCCCCACCUGAUAGAUUAUUAAUGAUCGAUAAAGUGGAGCUAUAUUAAGGAUGUUCAUUAUAAAGUGCUAAGUGUUUCUUUAGAGCAAUCAUAGAAAUGUGAGGGAUGACAACUUGAACCAAAAGCUCUGUAGACAAAGACUGUUCUCUGCUAUUGAGGAAGGAUGAAUUGCAGGCUUUGUCUUCUGUAACAGUCUUGAUGUGUUCGUCAAAGUUAGAUAAUGCUGUUCGGCCGCAAUCCCACACCAAUCCUGCAGCCUCGGAGCAAUAACUCAACAAUCUGACAAAACCCAAAGAUGUGUUACCUCUUAAACCGCAAUUCAAUGUGAUUGACAUAAAGAUAUGUGAGUUUACAAAAGAAUUACAAACUUUUUAAUAUGUUUUUUUAUUUCAUUUAUUGAAGAAUUGCUUCUAUAUGCUUGUUGAAAAGUCAAGUAUUAACUAUAGUUAUUUACAGCUACACAUAUUCACAAACAUCCUCAAUGUAAGUGUUCAAAGGAGGAUAUUUAAUAAAACUUCAUCAAUAAAAUGUUUAACAAGUCCACAAGUAUUGUUUUUUUGUAACAUAUCAACAGUCUCUAAUUACAACAAGGUCAUCCAUUUCUUGUUUGUGAGACAACAAGAUGAACAGAGAUGACAGAUGUGGACAGAACAGAUUGUAUAAACGUGCAGAAAGACAGUAAGCUAGACAGGAUGACAGACAGGUGGAACACACAAGGGUGCGAUAAAUGACAGUAUUCUGUAGGGGAAACAGAAAUAAAGAAGGGCGACAAGCUGCUGUGCUUGGAGACGGCUGAACCGCUGACAGAAAUCUGAGCACAGCGAGUGAGAGUGGAAGACUAGGAGGCAGAGAACAAGAAGGAGGAGGCCAUGACAUGAGAGAGUGGGUGAGCGAGAGACUGAAACAGAGUUCAGACAAUUGGAUGAGGAAGUAGAGAUGGUGAGCACAUGGGUGUGGUUGGUUAGCAGUUAGCCCAUCAGCCUUUCAGGAGUGACAGACACAGGAAAGCAGCGUGGAUGAUGAGGCCAACGAUGAACCUCUGGACCCGGGGAGCUCCCAGGAUGGAUACUAAGAUUUAUUUUUCCUCAUUGACCUUCAUCCUCUUUGUCAUGUUAAAAGUGGCAAGAGCUCAGUCUCCCACAACGGCGGAUCAAAUGCAGUCUGUGAGCAACAAUAUGGCAAACGGAA